AGAGAGAGAGAAAAGGUACCUUUGCUUCCCCAAAUGUCAAAGGGAAGAGUUUCCAUUUCCAACUAGUUGGGUACCUAUUUCUGCGAGCGCUCAACUGCAAUAUUCUAAUGAACGGAAGUGAGGAUACUGAAUUUUGCAAAACAUUUUCUUCGAACAAGAACAGUGAUGAUGAGGAAGAGGCUGAGGAUACUGUUAAUGAAACUGGCAAGCUGAAGAACGGUGGAAACUCGAACAAUAGCACAGUCGAGAGUGAAAAGAAGGAAGCUUCUGGAUCUGUAAGACAAUACGUACGUUCUAAGAUGCCGAGACUCCGGUGGACUCCUGAUCUCCAUCUUUGCUUCGUUCACGCAGUUGAAACUCUAGGAGGUUCAGAGAAAGCAACACCAAAGUUGGUACUUCAAUUAAUGAAAACCAAGGGUCUUAGCAUCGCUCAUGUGAAGAGCCAUCUACAGGAGCAAGAAGAUGGACUCCAGCAAUCGAGCUGCGACAGAGCAAGGGCUUUUCAUGAUGGAAAGCGGAGAUCACCAUAUCUACAACGUUAGCCGACUUCCCAUGUUACAAAGUUUCAAUAGUCAAAGCCCU